AUGGGUGGUCCACCUAUUUGUCAUGAGCCGACAGUCCAUGAAGUUCUUCUUCAGGACCAGGAUUGUGAACCAAUAUUCCGUAACAGUGGAUGGCUGGAUUAUUUUUUGAAGCUGAUAGAGUUUAAUAAAGAAAUUGUGAGGGAAUUUACCUGCACACUUUCAAAUGGAGAAGCUCAGGUUCUCGUGUCUGCAUUCCCAUCACUUCAAGCUCCUAAGUCAUCUAUGCCACGGAAGAAAGAUGAAUAUUCCAAGCCUAUUAUACAGCCUCCUUUCCAUAAGUGCAACAGAAACCCAGAAAGGGUAGAAAACAUGGUUAUAGAGGAGCCAUUGACAUCUCGGGAACAAGAAAAUUUGGAAAACCUUGAAAAACCUGGUUCCCCUCUUGAACCCUCAUCUUCCAUGAUAUCAUCAGAACAAAAUAUUCAUGUAGUAGAGGAACCCUUACAAGAAGAAGCUACAUUAGGAGUUCCUUCUCAAAGUCUAAGAAAAACUAGGGCUGCCACACAAAAGGAAAGGGGCAAAGAAAAACAGGUUGAUAUGGAACAUAAAGAAGAGAAAAGUAAAAGUGAGAAUUUACCCCCUCAUUUGGCCAAGAAAAGAAAAGUUGUAAACCCAGUUUCUCUAGUAACCAUUGAAGUGAUUGAAGAGUUGGCUACAAGAAGUAGUCCUGCAGCCGAAAAAGGAAAAUCUUGGAGAAGUAGUGGUAGGCUCCGUAAAAAGCUUAAAAACCAAGACCAAUCAACAGAGCCAAAUAUUACCAUCCUAAUUGAAUCCCUAGAACAAGAACAACAUAGUCCACUUCAUAAUUAUAUCCCUCCUUCUCAACCUAAUGAACCCCAAAGGGAACAAGAAAAAGAGGAAGAACUGCAAAAUAUGGAAGAACAAGAACUGCAGCUUCAGGAAGGAGGGGAACUCCAGAAUAUUGAGCAACCUCAGAAAGAAGUAGGUUUUGAAAGACUGGACAACUUAGCAUCUGCUAUAGAAUAG